AUGGAAGAAGAGGAAACGGACGGGAGCGAACCGAUGACUGUGGACGCACCACUUGCGGCGCCGGCGCCGGGGCCCAGUGAGCAGGUGCCACGUGGCAGCGACGACGCGGCAGCUGGCGGUUUGGAAUGGCAGCGGGCUCAGGAAGCUGCGGCGGAGGCGAGCGGGCGGGUGCAGAAAGCGGUGGCGGAUUUGAGGCAACAGGCCGGACCGGGGGAGGUUACGCUAACCCUGAAAACGCUGGCAACGAUUCUUCGCAAUGUGAUGGAGCACCCGGCCGAGGCGAAGUACCGGCGGGUGCGCAAGACGAAUGCGGCGUUCUUCGAGAGGGUCGGCAGGUUCCAAGCGGCACUGGAGGUCCUCCACGCGGCGGGCUUCAGAGAAGACGGAGCUUCCGACAGCAUGGUGCUUCAGCGAGACGAUCCAGGCUUGCUGUGGCUGACCUGCUCGUUCGUAGAGGGGAGUCUUGCAUAA